AUGAAUAAAGUCUUCGAAGAUCAGGUGGGAAAAAACAUAGAAGUAAACAUUGACGAUAUGAUCGUAAAGUCAUUUGAUAUGAUUAAUCAUGUCCAGGAUCUCGAACAAACAUUUCAAAAGCUCAGGAAGUACCGCAUCCGCCUCAACCCGGUAAAGUGCGCGUUUGGGGUUGCAGCAGGGAAAUUUUUGGGAUUCAUGCUAACCCAUAGAGGAAUAGAAGCGAACCCUGACAAAUGCAAGGCAAAGGAAGCAACUGACGCAUGGAACCCGGCGUGUGAAGCCGCGUUUAAGAAAGUCAAGAAAUGUUUAGCAACUCCACCAAUCCUCUCGAAGCCAAACCCAGGAGAUAUUCUGAUCCUGUAUCUGGCAGUAGGGGAGGAAGCAAUAAGUGUUGUACUGAUCAAGGAAACUAACGAGGGCCAAGAGCCGAUUUACUUUGUCAGUAGAGCUUUACAAGGCGCAGAAAUCAGAUAUCAAAAGCUAAAGAAAAUGGCUUUUUCUUUGCUGGUCACGACCAGGAGAUUGCGGCCAUACUUUCAGGGUCAUCAAAUAGUCGUCAGGACUAAUCAGCCUAUCCGGCAGGUAUUGCCCAAGCCGGACCUGACGGGAAUAAUGACUAACUGGGCAAUUGAGCUCAGCGAAUACGACAUAGCUUAUGAAAGUCAGAAAGAAAUCAAGUCACAAGCUUUGGACGACUUCAUAAUGGAAUUAACGCCGGUAAAUUCGGAAAACGAGAAAUCCGGCAGUGCAUGCAAGGUCUACAUAGAUGGAUCCUUCAACAAUAAAGGAAGUGGGGCUGGGAUCAUAUUAGAAACCCCAGAAGGAGUAACAAUUGAACAUUCUCUAAACUUGGGAUUCCCAACCUCAAAUAAUCAAGCUGAAUAUAAAGCUCUAAUAGCCGGAUUGAUGCAUGCUAAAGAGCACGGAGCUAGGAAAGUGCAGGUCUUCAGUGACUCGCAGUUGGUAACUUCGCAGAUAGAAGGAAAGUACCAAGCUAAAGGUCUUUUGCUAAUGAAGUACCUGAGUCGGGUUCGAGAAAUCAUGGCCGACUUCGAUGAGGUGCGGAUUACUCACAUCCCACGAGGGGAGAAUAGCCGAGCUGACAUAUUGUCAAAGUUAGCCAGCACCAAGAAUCCGGGUAACCACAGAACUGUGCUUCAGCAAAGCAUAGCAAGAUCGAGUUGCGUGAUGGUGAUAACCUUGGCAAAUGACUGGAGGAAACCUCUAGUAGAUUACCUAGAGAAAGGAAUACUGCCAGAAGACCACCUGGAAGCCAGGAAGCUGGUCUGA